UCCCCCCCGGCCUGUGUUUGAGUCUGACCGGUGAGGAAUGGCUUGGUCGAGAGGAAAGCAGCACCGGUUUUACCUGAGCAAGUGGACACCUUUUCUUUUUUAACCGCACUAAGCACUUCUACGAUGACCUGUUUUAUUUAAGAGAAAACUGGAGGCGGUGUGCGCUGCUGUUUUGCACUUUAGGAAACAAGAGGACUCAUACAUUCUGAGCUUAUGUAGGUAGAAAUCCCUCUUAGACGCUGUUUAGAUGAUCUAGUUGUAUUUUACACGGUUUCCAGCAGCACCAGUAGGAACAGUAAAGUAGCAGCAGAGGCACUGGGAUUUUCCCUCCUCCUCCUCCYCCGCAUCUCGUUUCUCCUUCCUCCUCCUGCUCGGAGCUGUUUUCGCCGGGUCGUCCGGACUUGUUGGAGGUGCAGAAGAUGGGACUGCCUGCUCUGGAGUUCAGUGACUGCUACCUGGACAGCCCGCAGUUCAGGGAGAGGCUCAAAUCUCACGAGCUGGAGCUGGACAAAACCAACAAGUUCAUCAAGGAGCUGAUUAAAGACGGAAAGGCGCUCAUUCAGGCUCUGAAAGGUGUGUCAACAGCAAAGAGGAAGUUUGCRGACUCUCUCAACGACUUCAAAUUUCAGUGUAUUGGAGAUGCUGAGACAGAUGAUGAGAUAUGUAUAGCCAAGUCGCUUCAGGAGUUUGCAACCGUCCUACAAAACCUGGAGGAUGAGAGGACCAGGAUGAUCGAAAAUGCCAACGAUGUGUUGAUUAUUCCACUGGAGCGGUUCAGGAAGGAGCAAAUCAGUGCAGCCAAGGAAGCCAAAAAAAGGUAUGACAAAGAGACGGAGAAAUACUGCGCAGUCCUGGAGAAACACCUCAGCCUUUCAGCCAAAAAGAAAGAGUCCCAUCUCCAUGAGGCGGACAGCCAGGUGGGCAGCGUGAGGCAGCAUUUCUAUGAAGUUUCUCUGGAGUAUGUGUUCAAGGUGCAGGAAGUCCAAGAGAGGAAGAUGUUUGACUUUGUGGAGCCUCUGUUGGCAUUUCUUCAAGGCCUUUUCACCUACUAUCACCAUGGUUAUGAGCUGGCAAAGGACUUUAACCACUUCAAGACUGAUCUUACCAUCAGCAUACAGAAUACCAGGAAUCGCUUUGAGAGCACACGGUCUGAAGUGGAGAGUCUGAUGAGGAAGAUGAAGGAGAAUCCACAGGAGCACAAGAGUGUGAGCCAGCACACCAUGGAGGGGUACCUGUUUGUACUGGAGAAGCGCUCGUUCGUAUCUACCUGGGUCAAGUACUACUGCACAUAUUAUCGGCAGCGCAAGAAGUUCACCAUGGUUUUGUUUGACCCCAAAUCUGGAGGCAAAAUGGGAGAAGAGGAGAGCUUCCAUCUCAAAUCGUGCACCAGAAGGAAGACGGAGUCGAUAGAAAAGCGGUUCUGUUUUGACGUUGAGGCUGUGGACAGGCCGGGCGUGAUCACCAUGCAGGCUCUGUCGGAGGAGGACCGCAGGUUGUGGAUGGAGGCGAUGGAUGGUAGAGAGCCGGUGUACAAUCUCAACAAAGACAACCAAGCUGAAGGCAUGGCCCAGCUGGAUGUGAUUGGGUUCAACGUGAUGAAAAAAUUGAUUUAUGCUGUGGAGACUCGAGGUAUUGAUGAGCAGGGCUUGUACAGAAUCGUUGGUGUUAACUCCAAAGUACAAAAACUGCUGAGCCUGGCUAUGGAUCCUAAAACAUGUGCUGAUGUGGAGCUGGAUAAUCCAGAGUGGGAGAUUAAGACUAUAACAAGUGCAAUCAAACAUUAUCUCAGAGUGCUGCCGGCACCUCUCAUGACGUACCAAUACCAGAGGAGUUUCAUCAAAGCUGCCAAGAUGGAUAACCCAGAGGCCAGAGUGACUGAGAUCCAUGCUCUGGUGCACCGGUUACCUGAGAAGAACAGGCAGAUGCUGGAGCUGCUGACCAAACAUCUGGCCAACGUCGCCAGCCACCACCAGCAAAACCUGAUGACCGUGGCCAAUCUGGGCGUGGUCUUUGGUCCGACUCUGCUCCGCCCACAGGAAGAGACAGUCGCAGCCAUCAUGGACAUCAAGUUCCAGAACAUUGUUGUGGAGAUCCUCAUAGAGCACCAUGAGAAGAUAUUCGGGGACGUGCCUAAUUCUGCAGGCGGUUCAACCAACAUGCAGCCUGAGCAGUCUAGGAGGAAAAGCACUGAAAACAAAGCACCGUCUUGCAGCGAGAGGCCUCUCACACUCUUCCACACACCAACACAUUCCCAGAAAGGUGAAAAGAGGAACAGUGUUGGCAACGCCACAGCUGCUGACCUGCAGCACCCGGUUUCUUCUGCUAACUGUAACAGCAGCAGCAGCAGCAGCAGCAGCGGCAGCAGCAGCUGCAGCCACAGUCAAACCCCGAGACACAGCUUAACCAGCAAUGAAGGAGAGCAGGACGGCCGGCAAAUUCGACCCAGCUCACUACUGAACCCAAAACCUCGUGGCAGCAUACCUGCCAGCGCCACGUCUCCCAGCCCCACGUCGCCUCGUUCCCCCUCCUGGCCCAUGUUUUCAGCCCCUUCCAGUCCGCAGCCGAUCUCUUCCGCUUCCAGCGACUCGUCUCCUGGCAGCAUCACAGGCAGGAAGGCCCGGGCGCUGUACGCCUGCAAGGCUGAGCACAACUCGGAGCUGUCCUUCCUCGCUGGGACCGUCUUUGACAACGUUCACGCUUCGAAGGAACCUGGUUGGUUAGAAGGGACUCUGGAUGGUCGAACGGGACUGAUACCAGAAAACUACGUGGAGCUUCUGUAGCCCAAUCCAGACGAGGAGAACCCGUCUGGAAAACUCUGUUCCACCAAGCUGGACUUGACCCAGCCAGGUUUAACUGCACAAAAACUUCCCUGACUUUGUGACGAUGAAACUGGACCAAACAGACAGAACGGAGGAACAAAUAGUGGACUGAAGUGGAACCCCUGAAUUGCACUGGGAUUUUUAAAAUGAGCUGUUUUUGGAUUUCUGUGGAUGUGUGUGUGUGUGUGUGUGUGUGUGUGUGUGUGUGUGUG